AUGGCGGCCUCCUGGUCCUUCGCCUUCAGGCUCUCCGCCGUCAGGCUGUGUCCACGGUUUGCGCUGAGAUUUUCCUCGCGAACAGACCGUCUAUUCUCGGCUGCAGCUGCGGAACAAACUCGUCCAAAGAUCUUAGAAUCUACCGAAGAAUACAAGUUUGUGGAGAGACUCAUUCCCCCCUCACAGGUGCCAGCCCCCCCUCCGUACUCUGGGCCCUCUCCCAGCGGCUGGCAGCCUCCCUCUGCCACCCCUCCGGACCUGCCCUACUCCAUCCGCCGCUCUCGCAUGCACAACAUCCCAGUGUACUCAGACAUAACCCACGGCAACCGGCACAUGACACUGAUCCGCAAAGUGCAUGGUGACAUCUGGGCACUGGAGCGGGACGUCCGGGCCUUUCUCCAACAGGCCACUGGCAAAGAGUUUCCCACACAGGUCAAUGAAGUCACCAUGACCAUAAAGAUCAAAGGGCAGUUCCAGCAGGAGGUCAAGGAGUGGCUGCAGAGGAAAGGGUUCUAA